AGAGUUUGAGUCCGCAUCGUCUCGGAGAGAUCAUGGCAGAAACCGCGCCAGCAGCCGCCGCGACCAAAGCGGCCAAGAAGAAGACCGCAGCUAAACGCAAGAGGACGGGACCGGGCGUCGGAGAGCUCAUCGUCAAGGCCGUGUCCGCGUCUAAAGAGAGGAGCGGCGUGUCUCUCGCCGCCCUGAAGAAAGCGCUCGCUGCCGGCGGCUACGACGUGGAGAAGAACAACUCCCGCGUCAAGAUCGCCGUUAAGAGCCUGGUGCUGAAAGGCACCCUGGUCCAGACCAAAGGAACCGGCGCCUCCGGCUCUUUCAAGCUGAACAAGAAGCAAGCCGAGACCAAGACGAAGCCCGCGAAGAAAGCCGCUCCUAAAGCCAAGAAGCCCGCAGCCAAGAAACCCGCCGCCAAGAAAGCGGCCGCCGCUAAGAAACCCAAACCCGCCGCAGCGAAGAAGCCCGCCGCUAAGAAGUCCCCGAAGAAGGCCAAGAAACCCGCUGCUAAAAAGGCGACGAAGAGCCCCAAAAAAGCAAAGAAGCCCGCGACCCCCAAGAAAGCAGUCAAGAGCCCUAAGAAGACAAAGGCGGCCAAACCCAAGACCGCGAAACCCAAAGCCGCCAAAGCUAAAAAGACAGCAGCCAAGAAGAAAUAAACUGCGUCUUUU